AUGGUAUGGUUACGUUCACCGCUAUCGCUGUAAAAUCGCUUAUUUUGCCUGCAGUAUGCACUAAUCAUACCUCCUCUGAUCGUCUCGGCCUUUGUCUGUCUACAUUAACGGAACGGCUUCAAGCAUUUACACCUACAGUAACCCAAGUGUUUUAAAGUUAUCAUCGGGGGAUGUUGGUUGCGUAAAUUGUAAUCGUUUUUUUUCAUUUAAAAGGCUUGCUACAUCUCAGCUUAAAAAGUUAAGGUAGCCACAAUGUUGAAAUGGUGGACUUGUAGGAGUUGGACAUGAUCGCUAACCUCAUCACAAAGGAUUUCAAUCGUAUCGGAAAGAAAGAAUUUCCGGAGGACGAGGGCUCAUCUCAUCAUAUGCUUGAGAUCAGUCAUCAAAACACAAUGGCUUCAACCUUUGGAAAUGGAGCCGAUGAUGGGUAAAUUGAACUGCCAAAUUCUAAGUAGUCCACCUUUCAGUAGCCGGAUCAAUGCAUCCGCUGCCACUUCUGGUUCCGCCAACGGCCAUCAUUUUUUAAUAACGACCAGUGCUUCGCAACCAAAGAUUCAUGCUGCUUAUCUGCAGCCAUUGAUAUCUCAACCAACUGAUCACCACAUCAACAAUAACCUUCUACAUGGCGUCGACCUAGCAUUUUCCAACAUACACGGUUAGCUUGCUCAACUUGUAGUAGUCUGUCUUUAAUUCUAAAUCUUUGGGCUCUGUGGUCUAAAUACAUGAAUCCGUUCCGAAAACCUCUUUUAGAAGUUGUAUUUUUGUUUUUUUUAAAGUAUUUUUAUUGCCAUUAAACACUUGUUUUAGAGCAACUUGAUGUCAGCAACAUCCUAAAUAUGAGCCACAUAAAUGGACAUCUACAGAACGUGAGUCUUUCCAAUACUGCCCAUCUGGGUACAAACGGUGGGAAUCUGUCUGCCCUUCCAUUCAACGGGCAUCACGUCGUAGCAGCAGUAGCAUCUAGCUCAGCCACAAACAACGGAGGAACACUACUUAGCCACAUGCAGAAUAAUGUUAACGGAUUAAGUAGCCAUGUUCAACCUCAGACUGACGGAUCUAACUCUAAUCCAAGUGCCCAGUCCAAUGGAGGGUCCAGCUCGUCCAGUGCGAGAACAAGACAUCGGUCAUCUGCCAAUGACUCCAUGUUCAAAUGUAAUUUUUGUCCCAAAAAGUUUACGGAGCAAAAUGCAGUAAGUAUUCGUUAUCUUUAUUUAAACUGCUUCCAGUUACGUAUGCAUAUGGAAGAAUGCCGACUUGUCAGAUCCCACGAAUGUCCACAAUGCGGAAAAAGAUUCAAAGCCCGUGGGGGACUGCAACAGCACAAUAGAAUCCACCUUCAAGAACGUCCUUACCAUUGCCAUUACUGUCCAAAAAGGUUCAAUCAGAAGUCCCAUUUAGAUCAGCACGAGAGAAUUCACACAGGCAAGUAUAGUAUAAGAGUGCACUAUUAACUUGUACACUUUGUCAUGCCUUUAAAUUCAUGAUGUCUUUUAGGACAGAAACCGUUUGCCUGCCAAUUUUGUGGCCGGGCUUUUCGACAACGUUCUCAACAAAUGGGCCACGAGGCCACUCACACAAAUGCGGGGAAUGUUCUGGGUGCAUCUGGGUUGAGUAUUCAUCAUCAGCAGACGUCCCAGAUCCCUCCCGCCACGAUGGUGCAACAAACAUCAUUGGCUGACUCGGCCGGUCUCUUGCAGCAUUCGUCUGAGCGGAGUUCUCUCUCUUCUGAUCAAGUAGGCCGGGUUGAAGCGCCGUCAAGUUCUCUUUAAUUUCAGUCCAACGAACCCUGA